CAACUCAGCCACAGUAGCUGACACGCGGAUACGAAUUCAGUUCGGGAUUUCGAAAUGAUACAUAAAUCCAAACGUUUGCCUGGGACCCGUCCGCGGGCGCUAACAGCAUUAAUUUUGAUUGCCUUCUGCUGCUUUGAUGCGUCCAGCGGCUAUGGUCAUUAUGGUGGUGGUGGCGCUGGUGCUAGUAGUUCUGCCUCGGCUAGUGCGAGCAGCUUUGCCUCAGCUGGCGCUGGUGGAAAUGGUGGCAGCUGGACAAGUGAUAAUACAAUUGGUGGUGGUGGCGGUCCUAUCGGCGACAGUGCUGCCGUCGGCUAUGGCAGUAAUCCAUUUUUGACAGGUAAACCAGCGGGCAGCUCUGGCGGCUUAACAAUCUCGAUUAACAGAGAAGGCAAUGGAUUAAUUGGUGGUUUGCUCAAUGGCUUAGGCAAACUACAUGGCGGUGUUCUUGGUACACUCGGCGGAGCAGGUGGUGGUGGCGGAGGUGCUGGUGGAGGCGGAGGCGGAGGUGCUGGUGGUGGCGGUGGAAGUGGCGGUGCAGGUGGCGGCGGCGGUGGUCCAGGUGGGCUUGGUGGCUAUGGAGGCGGGUGUACUGGCGGUAGUUGUGGUAAACCUAAUAGCGGAAGUUAUGGCGGCGGCGGUAGCGGUUGUGGUGGUCCAUCUUGCGGCGUUGGUGGUGGUGGCGGCGGAAAGCCCAUUGCGCCACCGAGCACUAUUUAUCUUCCACCUGUGCAAUCAUCUAAAGGACCAAGUAGCGGGUGUCAAAGUGGAAACUGUGGUGGACCAGGCUCACCUGGUGGAGCAGGCGGAUUGGGUGGUUCUGGAGGAUUUGGUGGUUCUGGAGGAUUUGGUGGUUCCGGUGGAUUUGGCGGUUCAGGUGGAUCGGGAGGUUCUGGUGGUCAUGGUGGUCCUGGUGGAUAUGGUGGACCAGGAGGAAUCGGUGGUUCGGGUGGACAUGAUGGUGGCAGCCCUGGCGGUCCUGGUAGUCAAGGAGGUCAUGGUUUUCCUGGCGGACCUGGUGGUAAUGGAUUUCCCGGUGGUCCUGGCAGUCCUGGCGGCCCAGGUGGUGAUGGCUACCCCGGUGAACCUGGUAGUCCUGGCGGUCCAGGUGGCUCUGGUGGUUACGGCAGUUCAGGUGGCUCCGGAGGUAAAGGUGGUUAUGGCGGCAAAGUUGUCUAUGGUGGUACCGGCGGUGUUGGCAGUGGAAGCCAAGGUGCGCCAGGAGCACCUGGUGGUUUAGGAGGCCAUGAUGGUUAUGGUGGACAUGGCGGCUCUGGUGGAUUCGGAGGUGCUGGCGGAUACGGAGGAACAGGCGGACUCGGUGGUUCUGGUGGGUUCGGCGGUUCCGGCGGACAUGGCGGUGGAAAUCUUGGGGAACCUGGAUAUCCUGGCGGAACAGGCAACCCUGGUGGCCAUGGCGGUGCCGGUUAUCCUGGUGGUGCCGGAAGUCCCGGCGCAUCCGGCAGCCCUGGUGGACCCGGUGGAUUCGGCGGUCCGGGAGGUUCCGGUGGUAUUGGCGGCGCGGGAGGACAUGGUGGUGCUGGUUAUCCUGGUGGAGCCGGAAGUCCCGGUGGAGCCGGAAGUCCUGGUGGGCCAGGUGGAUUUGGCGGUCCGGGCGGCACCGGUGGUCUUGGCGGCGCGGGAGGACAUGGCGGUGCAGGUGGUUAUGGUGGUAGCGGUGGACAAGGUGGCAGUGGCGGGUACGGUGGAAGCGGGGGUCCAGGCCCCGAACCUGGCGCACCAGGUGGACCACCUAGUUUUGGCUACCCGGGUGAACUGGGAGGACCCCAAGUACCUAGUACUGGUGGAACUGGUUGUACGAGCGGCGCAUGCGGUGGCGCAAAACUACACGGUGGCCAUGGAGGCGAUGGCGCAAUCAUUUUUGGCCUCCCUGGUCGGGGCUCAUCAGGUGCUCACAGCGGAGCUAGUGCAACGGUGAAUGCAGGAGCAGGCAGCCAGGCAUUUGCACUACCUGGUGCGGGAGGAGCUGGCGGUGGCGGUGGCGGUGGUUGUUCAAGUGGAAAAUGUGGCAGUGUCGGCGGCAGCGGAAAAAGGGGCGGCUAUGGCAGCUCAUGGAGUAGCGCGGGCUCCUAUGCCAGCGCCUCAGCGAGUGCACACUCCAGCAGCUAUGUUAAGAGCUAUUAAUGAAAGUUGGAAGCCAUAGUUUAGUUGUAGUUUAACUGCUCAUACUCGUAUAAAUACCUAUAAUUAGUUAGCGAAAAAAUUCCGACGUUUUUAAAUAUAUAUACAUAUUAAAUAAAUUAAGAUGUCGCUAGAUACUUGUAACUAUUAUACAUAUCUUUUCGU